ACACAAGCAGCUCCUCAAAUACCAGAGCGCUAGUCAUUCACGAUCAAGAGAAGGAGCUAGAUGGUGUGAGAAAGGAGAAGUGAGCAGGAGAGGAAACAUAUCAGGCAGUGUACAGUUAGGUCUUUCAGUUUCUCUGGUUAUUGCUGGAUUUUAAAGGCUCUUGGACUACUCACAUUUGCUGGAUGUAACUGAAAGACGCAGGAAGACCUGGCCACUAGCCAUGGGUUCAAGUUCAACACUGGCAAUCCUUGUGUUUUUCCUUUGGUUGUGUGGAAUCUGUAGCGGAUUUGAACAGGAGAACUGUACUGACUACAAACUCCAGUUUGAGAGAGUUUUCUCUGUUCCUGGAGAUGUGGCUAUGCUGAGAAGCACACUGGUCUCCUCAGACGUCUUUGACUUCAAAACUGUCCCGUACAGCAUCACGUGGUACAACUCAGUGUCGGGCCAAGAAAUCAGCAGUCAGGCUGGUCACAUCAUGGUGCACGAGGACACCCUGUGGUUUCCAAAAGUAACCAUGAAUGACAGUGGGGAUUAUGUGACCAUACUGAGGACUCCUUCCCACUGCUAUAGACAGGCCAGCCGACUGGUGGUGGAGGAAAGACUUCCAGGAGAAUGUGGAAGGCCGAGGAAAGCUUAUCAGCCACUUACAAAAGGAGUCACUGACAAUCUGAGCUGCCCUCUGAGGAACGAAAUGAAUAAGCUGAACAGCUACAACAUCUCUUCCUCCAUCAAGUGGUACAAAGGUUGUGACCCCAUAGAGGACGGGACAGGCGGCUUUUUCUAUUGGGGCACCAGACUGAAAAUUACCAGUGUGGACCUUCAACACAAAGGCACCUAUACCUGUACUCUGACAUUCACCCUGGGUGGAAUCAAAGGAUCUGUGUCAGAGACUAUUAGCGCAGAGGUCAAAGAGAGUUACUCUUUGGUUCCACAAGUGCAUGAACCCUCCAAUGACGUGAUCAAAGCACAGAGAGGGUACAACUUCAGUAAAAGGUGCCUGGUGUUUGUGCCGGGUGUUGGGAAGCCUUUUGUUGAUAUUUAUUGGCUGGACAAAGAUGGAUUCAUUGAUACUAACACCUCUCACCGUGUCCACAUGUUAGAACAGCGUUUGUUGCCCCAAAAUGGCUCCAGUAAAGGUGCGUGGCUAGAGACCUGGCUGAUAUUUUCUGAGCUAAGGGAGGAGGACUUCUACGUCAACUACACCUGCCGUGCGUACAGUGACAGGGGCUUUCCUGAAAGAUAUUUCAGUCUGCAACCAGAAGAUCCAAGUGGCAUAGCUAUCGGAUCUGUGCUUGGUGGUAUGAUGGUUCUGUUUAUCAUCACCGUCACCCUGUACUACCUUUUUAAGAUUGAAAUUGUGCUGUGGUUCAGGAGAGCAUUUCCAGUCUUCUACAAAAAUAAAGACUUGGAUGGGAAGCUUUACGAUGCCUAUGUGGCAUACCCACAGCCCUGUGACCUCGGAUUCAGCAAGGAUGUGGAAACAUUUGCCCUUCAAACACUGCCUCAUGUGUUGGAAAAGGCCUGCGACUACAAACUCUUCAUAGCAGGCCGCGACUGCCUGCCUGGGCAAGCUAUGGUAGACUCUGUUGAAGAAAACAUACAAGCCAGCCGCCGCGUCCUCCUUCUCUACACUGCUUCCUCUUUUACCACCAAAAGACAUACAAGCAGCACCAGCAGUAAUAAUAACAACAUUUCUAAGAGCGGUGAAUGCGGCGAUGAAAGUCAAAGACAUGCCAGUGACAGCUUUAGCAUUACGAGCUCUGAUGUCAGUGAUAAAGUCUGUACAGACACAAGGCAGCAGCUGGAGUGUGUGGCAGCAAUGCACCGAGUGCUGAUCGAGGGCUCCCUCAAGGUGGUUCUGGUUGAGCUGGAAGAGAUCACGCCAGCUCAACUGGCUCUAUUUCCAGAGUCAGUGCGUCAUCUGAGGAAGAAGCAGGGUGCCGUGUGUUGGUGGAAGAACCAGAGGACGAGGCAAAGGUGGAAGACGUGCAUGAGUGGAGCUGAUGUAGAAAAAACAGGAAAAGACUCACAGCUGUCAGCAUCCCUCUCCCCUUCCUCUAGGUUUUGGAAGGAACUGAGGUAUCACAUGCCUGUCCGGGGCAAGAGGGUAGUGUAUCCUGAAACGAUAGCCUUUCUGUAAUUCUAAUGGCGAUCUGUGUUUGUCAGAUAUCGAACCAGAGAGUACCUGGUUUCUAAUGUAAAUGUGUCAGGUGCAUUUAGCCACUCACAGGUAGAUCGUUAUCAGAAGCAUUGACACCAGUUUACAGCACAGGCAAUUCCCCAUGUUCUCUCAGCAGAGAUGUCACCUUUACCUUCUGUGGAACUUUCCAAGUCACACAUGUGGAUAGCAUUGGCUUAAGAUGACAGCUGGUCAUGGACAGAUCGUUGCAGUGUCUGGACUGUCCACAGUUUGUAUGUGAACUGUUGACAAUCAGUAACAGAAGGGGCCUGAAAAAUAAUGUAGAUGAAAAAGGCUUGAAUGAUCGUACAGUUAUUUUAUUAACCACAAUCCUCAACACCCCAGCUGACACUGAGCGAUAGGCAUAUCAGGAAAUGUACAUAUGUAUGAUUAAACGUGUAAAUAUGUAGAAAAAAUGUACAAAUUAACAUGUAAAAACUGUAAAGAGGACCAACCAGAAAAGUAUACAUUCAUGAUGAUUUUUUUUAUUUAUGUAUAUUAUUUGUAAAAACAACAUCAUGAAAUGAGGCUGCAUAAAAAUCUAGGUUAAAAUGUAUGCGUUAACAUUUUUAAUCAAUGAUUUUUUUACUGAUGAUUCUGGGAAAUUGUAAAUAUUCUCUGUUUUCCAUUUGAAUUUUGUUUUAAAGUGGAACUAUUUUGCAAAUAAAUAGAUUAUUUUCAGUU